UCUACUUCUAGGACGACUCAAAUUCCUCUUUCGUAAUAUCUUCUCAAUGUGAAAAACAACUUUAUCUCACGGGAAAAAAGAAUUAUUCCAAUUAAAUAUUUAAACACAAUAUAUUUCCCAUCUCAAUAAAACUGUAAAUUUUUAUUAUUAUUUUUAAUUUUGUUCCUUCAAUAUCCCAAGCAACACUCUCUGUUUAUGCUCAUUAACUAUGACUUCCGAAAUAUCCCACCAACAACACAAAGUGAGCUUCUCAUCCCCUAGAGGAUUUCUAACCACCUUCAAAUCCGAUCUCAAAGAAACAUUUUUACCAGACGAUCCUUUCUCUCAGUUCCACGAUGAGAAACCACACCAUCGUCUUAGAAAAGGCAUUCAAUAUUUCAUUCCAAUAUUUAAAUGGCUUCCAAACUACAAAUUCUCCAUGUUCAGGUUUGAUUUACUUGCCGGUAUCACCAUUGCUAGCCUUGCUAUUCCUCAAGGAAUUAGCUAUGCUAAACUCGCCAAAAUUCCACCCAUCAUUGGCCUCUAUUCAAGCUUUGUUCCGCCUUUUGUUUAUGCGGUUUUCGGAGACUCGAAGCAUUUAGCAGUAGGAACUGUGGCUGCUUGCUCAGUGUUCAUAGCUGAAACCAUUGGGAACCUGGUUUCGCCACAUGAUGAUCCGGCAUUGUACCUUCACUUGGUUUUUACGGCUACAUUCGUCUCCGGCAUCACUCAGGCAGCUUUAGGUUUCCUAAGGCUGGGGAUAUUGGUGGAUUUUUUAUCACAUUCUACCAUAACAGGCUUCAUGGGAGGGACUGCCAUAUUGAUAUGCCUACAACAGUUGAAGGGAUUCUUUGGAAUGAAACAUUUUACCAAGAACACCGAUGCCGUGUCUGUUUUUCGUGCGGUCUUUGCUUAUAAACAUGAGUGGAGGUGGGAGAGUGCAGUUGCAGGCAUAAUCUUCCUUAUUUUUCUUCAAUUUACAAGAUAUUUGGGUUCAAGGAAGCCAAAGCUAUUUUUUAUAUCGGCUGUAUCUCCAAUUUUGGUCGUCAUAGUUGGUGGGGUUUUUGCAUAUUUGAUACAUGGACAGGAUCAUGGAAUAGAAAUAGUUGGAGAAUUGAAGAAAGGCAUAAACCCUCCUUCCAUUCAAUAUUUGAACUUUGACUCUAAAUAUAUCCCAGCGGUAAUAAAAGCAGGAACAGUCACUUCCUUUAUUGCUUUGGCGGAAGGAAUUGCAAUAGGAAGGAGCUUUGCCAAUUUAAAGAACGACCAAGUUGAUGGGAAUAAGGAAAUUAUAGCUUUUGGAUUGAUGAACCUAGUUGGGUCUUUUACUUCAUGCUACUUGACCACUGGGCCAUUUUCGAAAACUGCGGUGAAUUACAAUGCAGGAGCGAAGACAGCGAUGUCAAACAUAGUGAUGGCAGUGUGCAUGGGACUGACGCUGGUGUUCUUGGCUCCCCUGUUUAGUCACACCCCAAUUGUUGCCCUAUCUGCGGUUAUCUUUUCAGCCAUGCUUGGACUUAUUAAAUAUGACCAUGCUAUUCACCUCUUUAAGGUUGAUAAGUUCGAUUUCUGCAUUUGUUUGUCUGCCUUCUUUGGUGUUGCCUUUAUUACCAUGGAUAUGGGCCUCAUGAUCUCUGUGGGACUUAGUCUACUUAGAGCUCUCCUAUAUGUAGCAAGGCCAGCUACUUGCAAGCUUGGAAAAGUACCAAACUCAACCCUUUACCGUGAUACCGAGCAGUAUCCUGGUGUUGCAGCAAUCCCAGGAAUGCUUGUUCUACAACUUGGUUCUCCUAUUUACUUUGCAAAUAGCAAUUAUAUAAGGGAAAGGAUCUUGAGGUGGAUCCGAGAUGAGCAGUCCAAAUUUUCAAAUUCUGAAGAAGACAUCAAGAUUGAGCAUGUUUUGCUAGAUUUAACAGGAGUUUCAACCAUUGAUGUAACGGGCAUCGAAACGUUGAUAGAGCUUCGUAGAACCUUGGAGGGAAGGGGAAUUAAGGUGGCAAUAAUAAACCCGAAUCUUAAAGUGAUGGAGAAAUUGAUAGCAUCACAUUUCAUAGACAAGAUUGGGAAGGAAAACGUCUACUUGUCAGUUGGUGAUGCAGUAGAUUGUUGUAAACUUUCGCUUCAGAAGUUGAAGCCAAACGAUGCCGUAUAAGAGCACUCUGAAGCUGCUUGAUGGGAUUAUGACCUUGCUAUUCUCUGUUACUUUUUAAUAGAAUCACCUUAAUUAGUGGUGAUUCUAAUUGGUGAAUAUAAAACAAAAAUCAAACCAUUCAUUCGAUUUUCUUCAUUUAUAUAUGUGUUGUUCUUUUUAACUUUUAUUAUAUA